AUGCUUUCUCUUCCUUCUCAGCAACGUCCUGUCAAACAGUCCUUGAGUGCCUCCAUGUGCAGAGAAUCCCACUGGAAAUGCCUCCUCCUUUCCGUCCUCAUGUAUGGCUGCCUGGGCGCUGUGGCCUGGUGUCAGCUAGCCCGUGUCACCAAACUCAGCUUUGAUGGCUCCUUCAAGGGCAAGUCCAUGAUUUACCAUGAUAGCCCGUGCUCUGAUGGCUAUGUCUACAUCCCCUUAGCCUUCCUCACCAUGCUGUACGUGGCCUACCUGGUGGAGUGUUGGCACUGCCAUGCCAAAAGCGAACUCCAGUACAAGGUGGAUGUAGACAGCGUCUAUGACUGUAUCAGCCGCAUGCAGCAGGCCACUCCGUGUAUCUGGUGGAAGGCCAUCAGCUACCACUUUGUGCGGCGCACCCGGCAGGUAACCCGCUACCGCAAUGGUGAUGCCUAUACCACCACGCAGGUCUACCAUGAGCGGGUCAACACACAUGUGGCUGAAGCCGAGUUUGACUACACCCACUGUGGAUUCAAGGAUAUCUCCAAGGAGCUGCUGGGCCUGGAAUGCUACACAGCCACAAAGCUGAAGUUCACCAAGUGCUUCAGCUUUGCCAACACUGAGUCAGAGAACUCCUACCUGACCCAAAGGGCUCACUUUUUCACAGAGAUUGAGGGGCUGGAUGACUACAUGGAGGUCAGGGAAGGUAUGCAGCUUAAAAACAUAGACUUCAAAGAGCUUAUGAUGGCCUACGGGGACCCAGAGCAUCUCCCAUGGUACGUGUCCCACUACACUUUCUGGAUGGCAGCUGUCUUGAUGAUCUCCUGGCCACUGCGGGUGCUCAUAGAAUAUCAGACUGCAUAUGUGCACUACCAUGUUGAGAAGCUCCUAGGCUUAGAAUACACGGUGCCUGGCGUAGCAGAAGAGCCCCUGUACAGGUAUCGCAUGCCCCGGGAUAACACUCAGGACAGCACUGAACUGGAAUGGCACAUCUGUACCAACCGACAGCUGAUCCCCAGCUACUCGGAGGCCAUGCUCCUGGACCUGACAGGCUCCCCUACGUACAACGGCUACUCUGUGUGUGGGUACAGUGAAAUAGCUCACGGCUGUGAGCGCUGCAACCAGGCCUCCAGCACCUCCUCCAUCUUCUCCCGCUACGCCUUCCACAGUGGCAGCGGAAACUCACGUCUCUCCCUCAACACCAGCCGCUUCUCUUUGUGCCGGGUUCACGGGUCCCACAGGACAGGCCUUUGGAGGAGCUGCAGCAGCAGCAUUGCGGACCGUGGCUGCCAGGAUGAACAAUGUUGCUCUUACUCUAGCCAGCUAGCCAUCAAUGAAAACCCACCCACCUACCAGGAUGCCCGCUUUUUCCCAGUGUUAAUUGUGCACAGGCCUGAAGGGCAUGAGGGGAGGCGCUUCUACAUCCGGCGCUCAUCUUGCCUGGAGACCUCUCUGUGAUCAGGCCUUAUGGCUCUAUGGCUCCUCUCUCUCCAGGACAACUCCAUAGCACUAGCACUGUUUGACAGAGAUCAGCAGGGAAACCAUAAACUUCAUGACUGUGCCAGCACACAGUAGCUUAACAGGCCAAACACUCCAAUUUAAUUUCCUUCCACGCCAAUGCAAGAAAAUAUAUCCCCUCUGACAAGCAGCUACUCGGUUCUCUUCCUCCCACUUCUUAUUACUUUCCCAUCACUUGGUGGCCCCUCUCUUUUUUCUCUUUCCAUCCCUUCUUUCACUCAUCAGUCAUCCUUUUCCUUUCUUCCCCUGUCAGGUCUCCCCUCUCAAUCCUCCCCUCACAUGUCAGUCCUUAUGCUUUGCACCACUACAGCAAUUUCCACCCAAGGAUAUCAAAGCACUUUGCAAACAUUGAUGCAUUUAGACUUGCAACUCUCUUGUAAAGUAUGAAUCUGAGGCUCAGAGAGGUUAAGUGAUUUGCCCAAUAUUGCACAGGAAGUCAGAGCCAGAAACUGAAUUCAAAUCUGCAGAGUCAUAGUCACCUGCUGUUAUCACAAGACCACAUUUACCUUUCCAAAUCUUUCCCCCUCCUCUCAUUUACUCCCUCCCGCUUUCACUUCCUCCCGCGUUUCUGUGUCCACCUGUUUUCCUUUCUGGCUAUCUCAGUUGUGCUCCCUAAGUUCUCACCAUUUCUUUCCAAGGUCUCAAGAGUGUUUGAUUUUGCUUAAUCAAAGUGUCUUGCUUGCUUUCUGGGCACAGCCAGUUAGUACUGGUAAAAAAUAUCUACUACUCUAAUGGACCAUUUGUAGAAACAAAGGACCUGAUACUGAAAGGUGCUGCACAUCCAGAGCUGUCACUGUAAGGUCAUGCCCCAAAAUACUGACGUUUACCAGUAAAAGGAAAGAUGAUGUUCCAUCCCACCUUUCCUCCUACCCCACCAUGCUCACAGGCCUUGUCAAUAAAACAUUUCUUACAAUUGCUAACCCCAGUUCCACUCUUCAGAGUUAGCCACGUUGGGGCACUAAUGUAGACUAAAUGCUGGUUAGCACCACCAUUUUUAGCAUUAUGACCCUGAUUCCCAGUUACUCCAUUCCCACACCCGGCAUAGGAAGGGGGUGGCCAAAGCUGGGUGAUCUUUGUCACCUGUGUGCACCCCAUAAUCUGAGGCUGUUUGGAGGUUGCCACAGACCUGAGUGUCAGUUAAAGCAACCUCAGAACUGCUCUAACUUACCCUUUGCUUCCCAUGGCUUCUGUGGGUUCUGGGAAACAAACAGCUGUAGCAUUGUGUACUGGGGUACAUCCUUUGGCCCACUCUCAGCUUCCCACUCCAGGGCCCCAACAUCAGGGGCUGGGAGCACAGCCUGUAUCAUCCUAGUUCUAUGCUGGCCAGGAGGCCCUUUAUGCAGAGAUAUCCUUGAGGUGUUGUUUCUACUACCUAAAAGGCCCCUUUAUGCUGCCAGAUCAUGGUAAAGGUGCCUUAGUGUAAUGCCAGACCGGCCUCUGUGCCAUCUAACCCUGCUCAGAGGAGGUCUGGUUAAAACACCGGCAGCAGCCAACGACAUAUCUACAACAAGAUGCUCUACCACCAGUGGAAGCUGAACUGUGGUUAGCAACAGUAGACAAGGCUUGAGGUCUACUGGGCCUCAGAGUUAUUGAAACAUUUCCUAGCUCCACAAUCUUAAUGAACCCAAAGUGGCUGGCUGUUCUCCGGAUUUGCUAAGGGACCGCUUCAGAUUGCAAACCUCGUCCAAUGAGUGAGUGAUCCUCUCACCCCAAACAAAACCGAGAAAUGUUGUUGGGUGGAUCACAGAAAUGACUAUCAGUGCACAUCCAUAGAUACAGAAUGCAUUACAGAAUUUUUCAGAAACAAGGUGUUUUAACACCAUAGGGCAAAUAAAUAAGAAAAAUUGUCCACUAAGGGACUGUUAACAAAUACUUACUCCCAAAUCAUUUCUUAUAUAUCUACUUGUAAUUUGAAAUUGGUAAUUUGAACUACCUGUAGAUCAUAUCUGUACCUAUACAUAUAUAGGGAUUUCUUAUGGCAUUGACUGUUUCAUUGUGUAAAAAUCCUUUCUGUUUAAUUAUUCUGUAUUGUAAUACUGCAUUUAUAUCCACACAAGAGAGAUAGGGGGGAUUGCUUUCACCUAUGCAACACAAAGUUAAUCUGUAAGUAAUGGUGAUUGCAAUCAAAACGUUGUCUCGGUCUUAUAGGAGUUUUAUCUAUUUAUACAAAUGUUUUAUGUAAGUGCCUACCACUUCGGCAAGUAGGCACUAAUUGCAAAAGUUACAUGAUGCUUUUAGUCUACAAAAGUGCUUAGAGUUUCCUGUGCAAAUGCUUAAAAGAGCCAGGUCUAGGUUUGGGGGAGUUUUUAGAGAUGGAGUCAUGCCAAAAAUCUCAACUGUAAACCUCAAACCUGGGAAGGAGUUCAGACUGAGAUUCACACUAAAAUGAGUUAGCCCAAACCUCAGCUCUGAAUGGCACUCCCCACUACCACUUAGAACAUGGGGAGAUUUUAAAUCCCAAUCAAGAGUCAGAUCUGAGCUCUGUAUCUUCUUGAGCUCAUCUCUAAUUAUUUUUAGCUGGAGUAGUGCAGUCUGUUUAAUAUGAUUCCCUUUCUCCUUUACAUACACACAUGCACAGAGUUAAACGAUGGACAUAUGGAAGACUUAAGAACUGGAGGAGGCUGUAGCUUCCAGAAAUACAAGAACUGGACACAUUCCAGCAUUAUUUCCCAGAAGGGAGGUGAUCGAGAGAUAGAGGAGAGGGAGAAGGAAACAUGAAAGGAAACAGAAAAGGAAUGCUGGAUGCAUACACAUUUAAGUGAAAGUCAGGGGCUUGAUGUGGAUAAAGAUAACUCCCAGCCUGAGGUCACAAUCAAGCCAGAUAACAUGGUUACAGUGCAAGUACCCCCAGCACUGUUAAAAUGUGGUUCAGUCUUUUAGCAUAACUGAAGCCUACAUCUAUUAACUGUGUGAAAGCCCCAGACCUGUCCAAGACUCUAGCAUAGUCAGUCUGGGGACAUUGUUAAAAGGAUAUUUAGGUGCAAAAUAGAGACUGACCCAGGUAUCAACUAUGUCAGGGGACAGCUAUAUUAUAAGUGGGUCCCUAGAAUGGUUAUUAUUGUGCAAUACUAUAUUAUGUAAACAGCUAG